CGAAUUAAAGGAUCCCCACAGCAUCUACUACUGUUAAGCCGGAAGAAAAAUCAAGCGAGCUUCUCCACCUUCUCCGUUACAUGCAGCGCCGCCGCUGACUCAGCACCACUGAGAAUUUCCCGGCGGCUGCCACCUCCGGCGGUACGGUUGCGGUCCUCUACACUAGUUUAAUUCAUUUUUGGUGUUAUUCAGAGUGAGAAAUGGGUUCUAGCCCUAACGUGGCCUCCGCCGCCUCCGGCGGCGGCGGUUGGCGGUGGCACAAGGGCAAUAGCAGCAUUGGCGGCAACAGGAAUGGGAGCGGAAACGGAAAAAACGAGCGGUGCGUUUUGUCGUCAACUUUUGCGUAUUUCGUGUUUUCGUUUGUUGUUUUGGGGUCGAUUGGGAGUUUGUACGGGAGGUAUAUGCUCGCCGCUAACGUGCGCACGGGGAUCGCGGCGCAGGGUUGCGAAGCCGACAGUGAGGGAUCAUGGGCUGUAGGCGUCUACUAUGGAGAUUCCCCUUUCUCUCUCAAACCAAUCGAAGCUGUGAAUGUAUGGAAGGACAAGAGUGCAGCAUGGCCUGUUGCUAAUCCAGUGAUCACUUGCGCCUCUCUUUCCGAUGCUGGCUUCCCCAGUAACUUUGUUGCUGAUCCUUUUCUUUAUCAGCAGGGUGAUACUCUUUACAUGUUUUACGAGACAAAAAAUACAAUUACAAAGCAAGGCGAUAUUGGAGUUGCACAAAGUACAGACAAGGGAGCAACUUGGCGACAGUUGGGUAUUGCUCUCGAUGAAGAUUGGCAUCUUUCCUAUCCAUACGUCUUCGAAUACAACGGAAAUAUUUACAUGAUGCCAGAGGGCAGCAAGAAAGGAGACCUCCGUCUUUACGUUGCAACUGAUUUCCCCUUAAAAUGGACACUAGACAAGAUUAUCAUGCAAAAGCCACUCAUUGAUUCUUUCAUAAUCCCACACGAGGGAAGGUUCUUUCUUUUCGGCUCGGACCACAGCGAAAUCGGUACCAAGAAAAACGGACAGCUGGCGAUUUGGCACAGCGACUCGCCUCUCGGCCCUUGGAAACCCCACAGGAAGAAUCCAAUAUACAACACAGACAAAGCCAUGGGAGCCCGUAAUGGCGGAAGACCAUUUGUCUACAAAGGUCAACUUUAUCGUACCGGUCAAGACUGCGGAGAGACGUACGGGCGUAGGAUCCGCGUCUUCAAAGUCAAAGUGUUGACCGAGACAAUCGAGUAUGAAGAAACCGAGGUCCCGUUUGACUUUGGAGGAGAGUCAAUGAAGGGAAGGAAUUCUUGGAAUGGGGCCCGCACCCACCACUUAGACGUGCAGCAGCUGAAUACGGGCGAGUGGAUUGCUGUCCUAGACGGGGACCGCGUGCCAUCUGGCGAUGCUGUUCGUAGAUUCCUUGUGGGGUCCGCUUCGGUUUCUGCUGUCGCUGCAUUGGUAGUACUUUUCGGAAUGUUCGUCGGUGUUGUCAAAUGUCUAGUACCUUUGAGUUGGUGCCCUCACAAUAUGGAGAAGAGAAGCGACACUUUCUUGGUUUACGAGAGACCGCCGAAGCUAACUUCCAAGCUGAGGCUCAUAUGCAGCCGUUUGAACCGAACGUGCUCGUUUCUCCAUUCGAAAAUAAGGCCGAAAACUUGCACGGGGAGCAUUGUGCUCAUUUUAACGAUCUUAAUAGCGGUGGCGCUAACAUGCACCGCAGUCACGUAUCUAUACGGUGGGAGCGGUGCGGAGGAGCCGUACCCUUUGAACGGCCACCACUCGCAGUUCACUAUGUUAACAAUGACUUACGAUGCUCGUUUAUGGAAUCUUAAAAUGUACGUGAAGCACUACUCGAGAUGCUCGUCCGUGCGUGAGAUAGUCGUGGUGUGGAAUAAAGGGGCGCCCCCAAAGCCGAGCGACUUCGAUUCGGCCGUGCCCGUUAGAAUACGGGUGGAGGCAAAGAACUCGCUCAACAACCGGUUUCGGGUCGACCCUUCAAUCAAGACACGAGCAGUUCUCGAGCUGGACGACGACAUCAUGAUGACGUGCGGCGACAUCGAGCGUGGAUUCAGGGUGUGGCGGGAGAACCCUGACCGGCUCGUCGGGUUCUACCCGCGGCUCGUAAACGGGUCGCCCCGUUUGAAGUACCGAGGCGAGAGGCACGCGCGCAGGCACAACGGGUACAAUGUGAUUCUAACGGGGGCCGCUUUUAUGGACGGACAGGUGGCGUUCGAGAGGUACUGGAGCGAUGAGGUAGCGCAGGGUCGGGCGUUGGUUGAUGAAUAUUUCAACUGCGAGGAUGUGUUGAUGAAUUAUUUGUACGCAAACUCGAGUAGUGCUUCUUCUUCGUCUUCGAAGAGUGCGGUUGAGUAUGUGAGGCCUACGUGGGCCAUAGAUACGUCGAAAUUCUCGGGAGUCGCGAUUAGUAGGAACACGCAGGCUCACUAUGGAGUGAGAAGCAAUUGCCUGAUGAAGUUUGCUGAAAUGUAUGGGAGUUUGGUUCACAGGAAGUUGGAUUUUAAUAGGAGGAGAGAUGGAUGGGAUUUAUAGUGAAGAAACAAAAAUGGAGUUUGUAAAGGUGACAACUUUGUAGUUUUUUGUUUGACUUUCUUUUUUCUUUUUUUUUGGUUUAUGCAAAUCCAGAACUUUGACCUCCAGCUGUGAAUUUUGAUUGGGAGGGACGUUUUGACCUCAAAAUAGCAUUUGGUUUAUUUAAAUUGGAAAAAUGGGAUUUAUUUAUU